CCCGGCCGCGCCGCCCGGCCGCCGCCCGCCGCCCCCAGCACCCCGCCGCUGCCCGCCUGGCCCACUGCGGCACACGCUACCUCCUCCUACAAGAUCUACGUCCACGACUCGGCGCCGUCCUGGACCUUGUCUCCCUUCCAGGAGUCGACCACCACCACGCCGGAGGCCAGCACGACCCCCAAAACCCACACCACGACGUAUUCCACGGAGCGGUCUGAGCACUUUAAGCCAUGCAAAGACAAGGACCUGGCAUAUUGUCUCAACGAAGGGGAAUGCUUUGUGAUCGAAACCCUAACGGGAUCCCACAAACACUGCCGGUGCAAAGAGGGCUACCAAGGCGUCCGCUGCGACCAAUUUUUGCCGAAAACCGACUCAAUCUUGUCAGAUCCAACAGACCAUUUAGGAAUUGAAUUCAUGGAGAGCGAGGAGGUGUACCAGCGCCAGGUGCUGUCCAUCGCCUGCAUCGUCUUUGGCAUCGUCGUGGUGGGCAUGCUUUGUGCAGCCUUCUACUGCAAAGCAAAGAAACAAACAAAGCAAAUUCACGAACAGCUGAAAGAAACGCAGAAUAGGAAAACCUACAGCCUGAAUGCUUCCAGCAUGAUGGCAAAGUCGGAGUGUGUGGCACAGAGCCAAGUCCAGCUGCAAAAUUACUCAAAACCCAAUAGGCAUCCGGGGCCGAUCCUGCACAAAGUCAUGGAGUCGAGUUUUUCGGGUGCUCAGUCUUUCCCAGAGGCCUUGUCUCCUGACAGAGGAACCCAGCCCAUCAAGCACCACAGAAGUCUCUCUUCAUGCUGCAGCCCAGGACAAAAAAGUGGGAUGCUCCAUAGAAAUGCCUUUCGGAGGACUCCUCCCUUGCCUCGGGGUAGGUUCAAUGGAAUUGCAGGACCAGCAUAUCAACAGCUCCAGGAGUCGAGGAUCACAGACCAGGACACGAUACCUUGUCAUGGGUAUUCGUCCGGUGGUUUAAAAACUCCUCAGAACACUUCAAUAAAUAUGCAACUGCCUUCAAGAGAGACACCCCCCUAUUUUAAUAGCGUGGAUCAGAAGGACCUGGUGGGCUACUCCUCUUCAAGGGCCAGCUCCGUCCCCAUCAUCCCGUCCGUGGGCUUGGACGAAGCCUGCAUGCAGAUGCAAAACGUUCCUGAAGUAACAGGCAUCAAAUGGUGCAAAAACUCCUAUUCCGCUGAACUUGUCCGUGUGAGUUCCCCGGCGAGCAGCUGCCUAAUAGCCGAGCAGCAGGAGGUGAAGGCGCUGCUGGAGACUGUGCAGGAGCAGCUCCGGGUGCUGGCGGAGGCGCGGCGGCCGGAGGACUCGGAGGCGGCCGGCGGGGCGAGCGAGAGCACGGCCUUCCUGCCCGUGAGCCCCACGGCCAGGGCACAGCGAGAGGCGCAGAGAGGGGCACAGCGGGAGGCACAGCGGGAGGCACAGCUCGUCCUCAAAAGUGCAACGCAGAGGGACUCGGGAUCCACCAAGUGACUCCGUGCGGGGGCUGCGGGAGGGGGAGCGAGAGCUCCGCGCGGUCGGGAAGGGAGGAAGUUAAAAGCAAAUUAUUUAUAUGCAUUAAUUUAAGAGCAUCUACUUAGAAGAAACCAAAUAGUCAAUCGCCCUCAUAUCAUAGUGGUUUUUUAACAAAAUAUUUUUUUAAGGGAAAAGUUGCAGGAGGGAUGGAGCGUGCUUUCGGGUGCUUUCUGGGCAGGAUUACGCAGUUCCAGUUGCGGAGGGUUUUACCGCGGUCCCGUUGGGCUGUGCAUCUCCUUUUCUGUGAAGGCCGAGUGACCGUCCUCAGAUGCAUUUCUGGUUUCAGGGCAGCAGUGCAGUGAGCUGCUGGGCAGGGAUUCGGACCCUGGGGAGCACGUCCUGUGAGCCAGCACACAUCCAGUCCCUCUCCCCCUCUGCUCUCGAUCCCGGGUUCACACCACGGAAACAGGCACACAGACACCUACUGAGUCCUGGUGCCUGCCGUGGAAUGAGGACAACGUCCCUGAAUUGAGCAGAUGCUUAACUCUCAACCUUAAUUCGAUAUGCCAGUCACCCCAAGAAAGUCAGUGGAAUCAUUUAUGAGCUUUGGGAUUGGCCAAGAGAGGGAGCAGGAUUGGGGUCUAUGGAGAUUCAGUGGUCAGGAGCCCACAGCUGCUCCAUCUUCUGAGCUUUGCCUAUCAGAGCUGCCGUGCUGCAGAGGGAGGAAGAUCGAGAGAAAAUGUAGAAGUGUGUGUUACAACAGGUUUGGUUUUGGUUUCUGGUUUGGGUUUUUUUUAAGUGGAAACAUAAACUCUGUUGCUUGUUAGCACCCCUCAACAUUUCUAGACUUUUACACUUUAAAGGCAUUUGUAAGUUCUCAAGGAGCACUUCUCAGUGUGUGUAUUUUUUUUUUUAACUUUUUUUUUUUAAUUUCACUAUGGCUUGUUCAGAGAAGAGUCAGGGAGAUCCAGUAUGAUCAAAAUCCAGCCAAUAAGUGUCCACGCUGCCUAAUUUGUUGCUGCAUUCAGUUCUCCACUCACUUUAAUUAAUUGUGGCUCAGGCUUGUGAACUUUAAAGCUUCAGCCCUGCAGAUGGUUCAGUAUGGGCAGACCCACAGGCAUGCAGAGAUCUGAGUCUAAUGGAGUUUUCUAAGAGCAGAUGGUUUCCACCAGUCACUCCCUGCAGGGGAUCAAGGCCUUGGAGAGGAUGUAUCAUUUCCUGGUUGCUGUAUCCUAAUCACAUUUAUAAGCCCUUUUUGCAUCAGCUUUUUUUGAGUCCCUCUAACCCCCAUAAAUUGAAACAAAAUGUGCCAAUUUUGCAAUGAAUUGGGUCCA